AUGCGUGUCUGGCAGAAAAAUCCUCUCAAGCUAGGGGACAGUGACUCUGAUAAGGACCUGAAGACAAUGUCUGAUUUGUUUUAUACAAAGUUGAAGCAAUUGAAAAAUAACGGCCCAACAGCCAAGUUGUGGGUGCAGUACAUUGAAGCCGUGCUUAUUGUCUUGCGUUUUAUUGAAGCAGAACGUCUUGGAAACUGGGACCUUCAUCUUGAUUGCGUUCGAAGAAUGUUGCCAUUGUUUCAUCCCGCGGGACAUUUUCAAUAUGCAAAAGCAGCUCAGAUUUAUUUGCAGGAUAUGGUACUUCUACAGGACAUCAUGGAUCCUCAAGAGUUUCACCAGUUUGCCACGCAGGGUUAUUUCACUAUCCACAGGUCGGAUAAGGCUUGGUCCGGAAUCUGGAGUGACAUGACAAUCGAGCGCAGACAUUGA